AUGUUCAAAUACGUUUGUUUGUUCGUUUCAUAUUCAUUAUUGUGGAGUAUUCAAUGUCGACAUCAAGAUUUCAGUUCUUUUACUAAUACUAAUACUACUACUGUUAUUAAUACUAAUACUACUACAUCAACAAGUGUUGCUGAUAACAAAUCGAUUCAACUUAAAGGAAUUCUUCCAGGUGUUGGUUUGCUUAUUAUGAUAUUAUUUAUUCUUAUAUUACUUAUAAAGUGUUGUAGGCCUGAUAAAUUAACUAAUAGUAUGAGUCGAAAUAAAAUAUCAUUUUCACAUUAUGAUGAAACUAAAAUUUGGUCGACAAAUUUAGAAAAUGAAACUACUCGAGAGUACGGUGAUUUACAAAAUGACAAUGAUGAAUAUGA